GGUCUUGCUGUGUCAUUUUUAGUUUACGAAUUAUUUGGAAGUACCCGGAUUUUUUGUUUUUAUUAACAAUUUAAUAAAAAGGAAACAGAAAAAAGCAAAAGUUUUUCUUUAAGGAUUUAAAAAAUGGCAUCAGAACGAUACAGCUUUUCUUUAACCACGUUCAGUCCUUCAGGCAAACUCGUUCAAUUGGAAUAUGCAUUAGCUGCUGUUUCAGCUGGAGCACCGUCUGUGGGCAUAGUAGCUUCCAAUGGUGUUGUCAUUGCUACGGAAAACAAGCACAAAUCAAUUUUGUAUGAAGAGCAUAGUGUACAUCGCGUAGAAAUGGUCACUGGACAUAUUGGUAUGGUUUAUUCUGGUAUGGGUCCUGAUUACCGGCUUUUGGUAAAACAAGCUAGAAAACUUGCACAAAAUUAUUACUUGACUUAUAAAGAACCGAUACCAGUAUCUCAAUUGGUGCAACGGGUCGCUACCUUAAUGCAGGAAUACACUCAAACUGGUGGCGUUAGACCUUUCGGUGUAUCGUUAUUGGUAUGCGGUUGGGAUCACAAUCGUCCUUAUUUAUUCCAAUGUGAUCCAUCUGGAGCUUAUUUUGCUUGGAAAGCCACUGCUAUGGGUAAAAAUGCCGUAAAUGGUAAAACUUUCUUAGAGAAACGAUAUAGUGAAGAUUUGGAACUUGAUGAUGCUGUGCAUACGGCAAUUCUGACACUAAAAGAAGGAUUUGAAGGUAAAAUGACUGCUGAUAAUAUAGAGGUGGGCAUUUGCGAUCGCAACGGUUUCAAACGUUUAGACUCUUCAACGGUCAAGGAUUACUUAGUCAACAUCCCUUAGACUUUUACAACUAUUUUAUCUUUAUAAAAAGAUCAGAACCGGAUAUGAAUAUGUUUAAACUUAUUUUAAGUUACAAAAAAUCCGAAGCGUCGAAUGUGGUUUGUGUUUUCAAAUAUACAUAUAUA